AAGCGUAAAGAGUGGUCAUUCGUGAUUCAAGAAUGGAAGCUGAUGAAAAUAAUAUUUUAAAUAUAGAUAUUUUUAAAAAAUUGUUCUCUCAGUGUUUGGAUGCUACGUUUGUUUUAUGCGAUUGGGCAUAUCGCAGCAAUUACGGACCAAGAAAGUUUCAAGAGAUUUUUGAUCAAAUUUUUCCAUCGGCGAUUGUAUUGCGAUCGCCGUAUUGGCCGAGAUACAGACAUCCUAAUAACAAAAAACAUUUGUGUAUUUGUGACCACUAUGGAAUUGUUUGCAAACAUAACUCCUUGAUUUCUGGCCCUAAGCACUUCUUUGAGGACCCAGACAAUGAAAAAUUCCACAGAGACAAUUUUGGUAUAUGUCAUGGAACAAUUAAACCCGUGAAAUACAACAUCACAUGUAUGCCAACGCCAGCAAAUUUACCGAAAGGAUAUUUAGUUUCAGCCAAGAUUUUCGUCAAAGGAAGUGAUUGUCCUGCACUACAUAAGCGGCGUAAGCAGCUACCAAACCACUUCUUUAUUAAUAACAGGUAUGCUUUUGUGAAACGAAUACGUUCGCUUCACCAGACAUUCGUUUUCGGUUCAUGCAAUAAUUUGAAAAAGAGUGCAGACUUAAUUUUAUCCUCGAAGGAUAAUUAUGAAUUUCCCGAACAAAUUUUAAAUGGAUAUUCAUUGGAAACAGAAGAAUUUCCCAUGUGGACUGCUUGUGUUUUCACUACACAAAUGAUUCCAAGAAAGUAUCUGAAUAUUAUUAAAAAUAAGAAAAACGUAAGGGCUAAUAACGAAGGUGUGACAACUGAUAAAGAAGGCACAAGUAUUCAACUUUCAAAUUACAGAAAACCGCCAUUCAAAGAUAACGUAUCAGGUAUGUCACUUGACGCAGAGUCCCCAAAGAAUUGAAUAUUCCAGAAAACCGUUAAUUAGGAAUGCCUUCUUUUUCUUUCCAACAAAUGUUAUUUUUUACCAUUACCAUUACAAAUCAUUAAUAAAGACAUUAUGCAUCAAUAUUACAAAUGUUUUUGAACAAUAAAGCCAUUUGAUUUGUUCUUCGUCAUGAGUACCUUAAUGAGUAAUGAUUGAAUAGAAUUUAACAACUCAUGCAUAUAUGCCAUUCUCUUACAUCUUUUAUUACAAAAACAAGCAAUGUAGAUCCAAGGUUGAUACUCUUUUUUAUUCAGGCACAGACAUUCGAGAAUAUAUUUUAAAAAUGGAUGUUCUCCGAACAGCACAAAACUUUUAUGUGUUGUCGGUUUUCCGACUCCAAAUCCAACAUUUACAUUUCUUUAGGACUUUUUUGUUGUAUUGUAACAACUCACUCAAUACAGUUUUUAAUAACUUUGUCACCUUAUUAUUAUCUGUAUUUAUUUUUAUAUAUUUUUAAAGCUUCAUAAAAGAGAAGCAUAAGUUGCAGAAAUGUUUUCAAGAUUGAUAUGUCAUCGAAUCAGAUAAAAGUAGCUUUAAACGAUAUAUGGAUAUAACAAAUACCUAUUUAUUAAAUUUGACAUAGUUUUUUAGCCCGGAAACGUAAUGUUUACAGCAAAAUCACAAAACAAUCAAUUCGUGUUUUUCCCGUGUUGUGAUAUAAAUAUUAAAGUUUUCCAUUUGAAAUGUGAAUAGUUGUGACAGUAUUUUUCUAUCUUAAAAACUUUGUGUUUGAUAUAUUGAUUUAUUAUGAGGUCAGUUCCUGGGUUCUUGACCUCAGUUCAGUGACCAAAUGCACCCGGUUUCUAUGCAACAACUUUAGUUAAACCAAAAUAUUAUUAAUAUUUUAUUAAUGUAAUGGUAAAAAACGUUUUUACUGACCUAAUUUUUUAAACAACUUUUUAUUUAACUAAAGCUUGAAAGAAACCUGAUCC